CCCUUCCUCUCGAUGCCUAGGCGGAGACAGCGGGCGCGAGAGGGAGAGAGAUGCGGUUGCUUCCUGCCCGCUGUUUUGCUGCUGUCGCCGGUCGCGCUGUCCUGGCAGCAUAACACCGGCUUCAUCUCCCUGUGAGGACGACUUCUCCUCCUAAAAAGAAACUGGAUGGCUUCUAAUGUGAGCCUGAAUCUGGAUAAAGAAACGUUGCUGGAGGAUGGGGUGCCACCUGCCAAGAAACCUAGGAAACUGUUGCCGAGCCUAAAAACCAAGAAGCCCCAGGAGCUCGUUCUGGUGAUUGGGACGGGCAUAAGUGCCGCAGUCGCUCCCCAAGUGCCGGCCCUGAAGUCUUGGAAGGGCUUGAUCCAGGCCCUGCUGGAUGCUGCUAUCGACUUUGACCUCCUGGAAGACGAGGAGCGGAAGAAGUUUCAGAAAUGCCUCCGGGACGAUAAGAACCUCAUCCACGUUGCCCACGACCUUAUCCAAAAGCUGUCGCCACGCACAAGCAAUGUCCGUUCCACGUUUUUCAAGGACUGCCUAUACGAGGUCUUUGACGACCUGGAGUCCAAAAUGGAAGACACAGGGAAACAGCUCCUUCAGUCCGUUCUCCACUUGAUGGAAAACGGCGCUCUCGUGCUGACCACAAACUUUGACAACUUGCUGGAAAUUUACGCGGCAGACCAAGGAAAAAGGCUUGAAUCUCUGGACCUGACCGAUGAGAAAAAGGUGCUGGAGUGGGCGCAGGAGAAAAGGAAGCUCAGUGUCCUACACAUCCACGGUGUGUACACAAACCCCAGUGGGAUAGUGCUGCACCCAGCCGGCUACCAGAAUGUGCUACGCAACACAGAGGUUAUGCGAGAGAUCCAGAAGCUGUAUGAAGCCAAAUCGUUCCUGUUCCUGGGCUGUGGCUGGACUGUGGACGACACAACUUUCCAAGCCCUCUUCCUAGAAGCUGUGAAGCACAAAUCUGACCUGGAGCACUUUAUGCUCGUGCGCCGUGGGGAUGUGGACGAGUUCAAGAAGCUCAGAGAAAACAUGCUGGACAAAGGGAUUAAAGUGAUCUCAUACGGGAACGAAUACGCAGACUUGCCUGAUUAUUUUGAGAGGCUGGCAAAUGAGAUCUCCAACCGGGGUCGAGCAGGUCCACCUCGGGAGGGACAGCUAAAUGGCAUGGCUGCAGCACACACGGAAAUCAAAGUUGUCCAUGGGUUUUGUUAGGAUCUCUCCUACUGCCUUCGGUUUUAAGGCCAGUGUCCAAAAUAUCUGCCCAGGUGACAUCUGAAGACACUAAUUCUACACAGGGUACAGCAGGCGAGAACGCAAAGCACUCCCAUCUGAGCAACACCAUCGUACAGGUUAACCCUUCUGCUAAUGAUUUAAAAGCAAGAUGCUGACAAGCUCCUUGUAAGACGUGACUAUCUCAAACGUUGCUUAGGGAAGAAAAAGCACUGCCUUUGCCGCGGUUGGUUCUUGGAAGGGCCCAUUUUUUGUUCUAGCUGCUGCCCCAUCAACAUGAAACCGUAAAGCGUCCUUUUGGACUCGGCAACUCGUCUUGGACCCUUGGAUCUGGGCAUGGAGAUUUGUCUUACCAAUGUGAUGUCGUGUUUUUUUUUUUUUCUAUUUAAGGUUGUAUCUGCAGAGAGAUCCGUCCUCUCUCCCACUGAGCAAGAGUUUGCUACUAGUGCUUUUGUAUUCUGUAAGGGUUUCAACUAAAAUGCAAGCAUUUUUUUAAAAAAAGAAUUACUUGAAGCUCUAGUUUUCUAAGUCUUUUCUUUAUACAGUGUUUUAUAUGUUUGGAGCUAUAAUAAAUAAAAAGGAUGUUCACUUA